AUGGAUCUCGGUGCUGCAGCUUCGAUGGAAGAUAAGGCGCAAGAUCACCACGCGCAAGAUCACCACGCGCAGUCAGACGAUAUCAAAGCAGAUGGAUCUGGUGAAACGGCAGAACAGACUGGCGGCGAGGAAGGAACGGGUGCAGAAGAUGAAAUUGGUGCCAGUUCUCAAGGCCAGAACCAGAGAGUCAGAAUCGAAGGUGAAGAAGUUCCGUACCUGCCAAACGAAGUAUGGCUCAAGAUUCUCCGUCAACUUCGACUAUGCGACAUCAAAGCUCUGCGUCUGGCGUGCCAUAAGCCAUGGACCGAGUUAGGUGCAGGUCUCUUGUUCCCUAGAUUUGUAUUCCGACCGAAUCGAGACGAUUUCCAGCGCUUCCAUGAAGUAUCGAAACACCCGCUGCUUUUAGAUGGCAUAUCCGAAGUACGAUUUGAGAUUGGGGCGAUGAAUCUCUACCACAUGGUCAAGCAACUCUCGUUAGAGUACGCGAAUGAGUACAACGAAUCCCUCCUCAACUAUCCCCACGAUAUCACCUAUACCAAAUUCAUCCAGGAAGUGAAGGAUAUGGCGGUCCGCGAAUACGCCGUAUGGAAUGAAUCAUGGCAUAAAUCUGAGCAAAGUUAUAAGGAUCCCAGUACGCUUCAAGAAGUGUUCCAGAAGAUUCCAAAACUUCGCAAGGUCAGUGUGACGCGGAGGUCAUGCACUUUCGAGAAUAUAAUGCUUUGCAAUGCCUUCAUCGAGGGCACGGGUUUUAACGACUUCGAAGGUGCCGCACAGGAAUUUCUCGCCAUACUUAAGGCACUCUCUGCAAUGCCUGAAUGCAAGCUGGAGAGCCUUAUCCACGACCAAAUACCCGUCACCCUCUUCAAUGACCAGGGCACUCUGUUUCGAGAAAUCCCUGCCGAGUCAUUCAAGCAUCUUGUCAUUCUUGAACUGGGUCUCGAAGCCACGAUGAGCCCCCCCAGAUCUGUUUGGAGGGGUUUGGGACCCUUAUUGAAGUCAGCAAUGCACCUCAAGGAACUCAAGUUCGGCUUCGACCCCUUCGAUCGAUACACAGAAAACGCUCCGGUCUGGUCGAUGGAUAAAGAAGAGCCGGAGAGUUGGUACCUUCCUCUUUGGAAAUUACUAGACUCUCAUACCUGGCCGGGCUUGCGAUCGUUGUGUCUGGAUGGCUUGCUAGUCUGCGAGACCGGGCUGAUUGACCUACUCGCACGACAUGCCUCGACCCUCCGAACGCUCAAUCUGAACACGAUCGGUCUGUGGGAGGGCAGUUAUCGAGGACUUCUCGCACAGAUUCGUUCCACAUUGCAGUUGACGGAUUUCCAGAUAUAUGGUCGCCUGCGGGCAUUCCACUCGCCUGAUGAGCAAUUUGGAAAGAUACGCCCCGCUCUCAUGUAUGUAUCCUGUCCUACAUCGCCUGCAAUUGGGCAUUUUGCAGCACGGAGUAUCGGACCCCCUGGGGAACCUAUCGCAAGCGCAGAUUGCGGCCCAAGACUCCGACAGUUCGUCUUGGAGGGCGGUGCAUGGCCGACGGGGCCGAUGCUGAUCUAUACGGGUAUGACUCAGACACCUCCUGACGAAUCCCAACACUCGGCAAACUGUACGAACUGCGCAGUCAACAGAGCUCGGAUCGAUAAGGAUUGGCCGGCUGUGGAGUACCUGGGCGGCUGGGAGGAUAUCGAUCCGGGUGCGGAAGACCCUGAUGAUGGUGAGGAGGAAGAAACCCCCGCCGAAACCGAGCAGUCCGGAGUCGAGUCGACGUCGGAGCCUGGCGACCCUCACAAGAAUUAUUCCUCCGACAUCGAGGACCACAUUGUGGAUAACGGCGAGAGCUACGAUGAGGAUGGUUUCGACUCCUGGGGGUUCACUAGGAAAGACUACGAGGAGAGCGAUGGGCCUUAUUUUAAGCUACCAGGCGAGCGGAUUGGUGGAGUCUUUCUCCAGAGGCAUAUCCUGAGACAGACGCGUGCGCUUCUGGACAGAUUCCACAUCCUAAUUGACUGCUUUCGAGAUGGGCGCUCUAUGGGUAUUGAUCCGAGGGAUUUUGAGGAUUUUGAGGAGCGGUGGAGACGUCUUUAA